AUGGACAAGAACUGGAUGCACGUGCCAAAUAGGUUUACGUCAGCUGAAUAUAGUGAAGGGGUUAAUAAACUCCUCAUUAUGGCAAGAGCCCAUGCACCUGAAAGUACUACUUUUAGGUGUCCAUGUCGGAGAUGCCGUAAUAACCUAUUCCUACCAAUCAAUGAAGUUGAAGAUCAUCUCUUCAUGAACGGUAUUGAUCCAAGUUAUACACAUUGGAUCUUUCAUGGGGAGGGUGAAAGCUGGAGUGUGAAUUCGUCUUACAGUAAUGAUGAUGGCUUUGAUCCAACUCGUAACUUUGUUGAUGAUAUGGAUGACAUGCUAGAGGACACGCGGGCUGGGACAUUCAUGGACCAUGCAAGUGUCCCACAUGAAGCUGGGCCGACUUCCCCGCCAACCGGCAAUGACGGGCAAUCAAAAACAUUUGACCAAUUAUUUGAGGAUGCAAAACGUCCACUUUAUCCAAGUUGCGAGAAGUUCUCGAAACUCUCAUUUAUAGUGAAGUUGCUUCAUAUCAAAACUGUUGGUGGUUGGACUAUCAAGUCAUUUAAUAUGGUUUUAGAACUGUUAAAGGCAGCGUUUCUAGAUAUUAAAACACCUACCUCAUAUCACGAGGCCCAACGCUUAGAGCGUGGGUUGGGUUUCAAUUAUGUGAAGAUACAUGCCUGUCCAAAUGACUGCAUGCUUUUUUGGAAUAACGAUGCAGACAAAGAAUUUUGUCCUAAAUGCAAUGAGUUGCGGUGGGAGUCAACGAGUGGGAAAAAGGGGAAGAUUCCCCAAAAGGUGUUGCGCUACUUUCCUCUAAUUUCAAGGUUACAGAGGUUAUUUAUGUCGAAGGAUAUUGCAAAAUCUAUGAAAUGGCAUAGAGAACAACGAGUUGAUGACCAUAGUACUUUAAGACAUCUUGUUGAUUUUAAGAUGUGGAGACAAUUUGAUAAAGACCACAGUUGGUUUGCACAAGAUGCUCGCAACUUGAGACUGGGCCUAGCCAAUGAUGGGUUCAACCUGUAUAAUAAUUUGGCUAAACCCUAUAGCAUAUGGCCAGUGAUACUUGUGCCAUACAACUUACCUCUUUGGUUAUGCAUGAAAGAUCCAUACUUAAUGCUAUCUUUGCUCAUUCCUGGACCUAAAGCACAAGGAAAUGACAUCGAUGUUUAUUUGCAACCUUUAGUUAAUGAACUGCAAGAGCUAUGGGUUCAUGGUGUCGAUACCUACGAUGCAUCAACUAAGGGUCAGUUUCGCUUACAUGCUGCACUAUUGUGGACUAUUAAUGAUUUCCCUGCAUAUGCCAACAUUUCUGGCUAG